AUGCCCGGUCCCAAGAGCAAGCGAAUAACGCCCAGAAAUUUCAUUCCGAACGGGCGACUAAAGGCCUACGCAUGGCACGGCAGGACUGAGGACACCUCCAUACCCGAUCCGCACAUAGCAGGACCGGACACGUAUCUAUUCAAGUCUUGCUGAUGAAUAUCACUCACUUACACUGUACAGGAGUCUUGUUCUCGUUCUCGUCCCUGUGUGCCCCUACAGAGUCAGUAAACCGAAGAAGCCUCUUGUUAAAUUCUUUCUGUUUUUGAAAUCUAGUGAAUGGAUCAUGGUCUAUUCAUUGAUCAGGGGCCUUUUGAAUCCUCGAUAGAAAUGAUCUACUCACGACAGUACCUCCUGGAACAUUGACAACUACCAUGCCUGCGACCGUGACAGAAGUAAAAAUGUGGAAAUUCGAGAACCUCUCCCCGUCACAUUUCGAGGAGGAAUGGACCCGAACGAAGUGCGAGCGUAUCAUGAAUAUUUUUUUAGCGCGUUGGUUUGCAUCGAUCUGUCAGCAGUUCUAAUUCUAUUUUGGAUAAAAGCAAAAAUUCCGAUCGUGCUAUGGUGCAAGAUAGAUCCAUUUUGUCAUGCACACGACAGUGAGGUCAGAGACCACUGAUCCUCUGACAAUAAAACAGCCACCACCCGUUCAAUCUCGACCCAUGCCAGCUCAACAAGGACGUCACACACACCGCGCCAUACAUGGUCACGACGACCAGAAGGAGGCUGAUACCAACCCAAAGCAACCCGGAAGUUCGAGGUGACAAUGCUACUCGUUGAUUUUUUAGAACAAGGAUUUGUUGGCUCGUCAUUUUUCUCCUCUUCAUUUUCCUCUUCAAGAGGAAGAACCAAGAAUUUCAAUGGCGCCGAUGAGCACGUUGCAAACCCAAAAACAACUGCUCUCUUCAGAUAUGACGGACUGCAGACCGCACCGACAGGGCUCGUUGCACGACAUAUUAGCAACCACCGCGCCGGUGUGGACAGCAAUACCAGGCUACACAGGGCACAUACGGGGAAAAACUGCGGAGAACGUGUACGAUUUCUUCUUGUUUCUUGAUGUCCCUUGUACGGAAAUUUCCACCCGGAGGUGGAGCAACAGUCAGUAAAUGACACCUUCUGUAGACUUGCUUCUGUCACGCCUGGGAUCUUCACGGUAAUAUCCUUAAACUCAAUGAGAUGCAUUUUCGAACAUCGUUUUCUCCGGAUAGAAAGAUCUUUUUGUGGUUUUCCAAACCAAAUUCUGUUCUGGUUCUUCAGCUAUGGGUAUGGCCACUCCGUGAGCAACGAGUACGCCGAGGUUGCAAUCGACAAAAGGAGAAAACUUAUCGCAACGAAAAUCUGCAUCACUGCGAAGCUUUGUCGCACGAAAUGCUAGUCGUGUGUGUGUGGUGUUGGUCAUGAAAGGUCACGUUGCGCGACACGCCGAGCACAUCUUCCACAGUGUUUGAAUGAUUUUUAAAAACACGUCGCUUCCCUUGUGGCCCCGCCCUAGCUUCAACUUUUGCGACUGCUCAAUGUUCGUACACUUAAUAACAAGAACCGGUCGCGCAAGACUUGCAAAAGUUUGUGCCUGAAACUGAAACACAGGCUGAAUUACAAGGGCAAAAAAAGAAACGAGGCUGAAUGUGCACACGAUAAAACCCGGCACAGUGAUGCAGCUUGUUUCCCUUGUCAUAAAAGCUACCGAAAACGGGUUUCGCCAAUCUACAUCGAGCUUCAAAGUGCGGUGUCCACAAGGUAAGAAAAAGCCUUUUUCUCCACCUUGUGUGAACUAGAUAGAACGCUCAAAUUUGUAGGAUAGAUAUAAACAUUAAAACAUUUUCACACCCUCUGCCCGUCAUUCACAGUUUCUCUACUUACUUGAAAAAUAUAGAUGACGACGAUCACACAGGAACAUGGCAAGACCAGGCCUAUCGGCACUGGGUCCCAGCAACGCAUGGCAUGACUCAUCAGGAAGGGCCGCCGUACGGAAAUGGCACAGUGUACUUACUCAUUUAAAUAUAGAAAGCGUCGAUCCAUCGUUUUCUAUUGUGACAGUGACAGCAUCCAUCUCAUGAUACUAAAAAGGAAUCAGCUGAUGUUCUGUGCCGAAAUUAUAUGCAUCAUUUUUCGCUAGCCCUAGCGAGAACAACUAUGAUCUUCUUUUAGACUGGUAGUGUACAACAGCACACAACUUCUGCAGGCACCGGCAGCGGCUCCGCGUUGCCGAACAGAUGAAGCUGAACCAAAGUGAGGAUCGAUACAACCACGCCACGACAGAAGUCCAGACCUGGGCGGCGAACAAGCCGAACGAGACCCGGGGGCACAACUAUCAAUUGCAAAAAUGUCUGGGUCUAGAAGGUUGAAGCUUGUGAUGCGCAUUUCAGAACACAGAAAAAUCUCUCAUGCAUAGGCAGCAAAGGUUGCCCACUUUCUGUCACUAAAAUCAGGGAUUUGUCAUGCGGAUUCGGCAUUGCGAACACUUAUCGAAACCUGUGAUGCUAGAGCUUCCAUGCCAGAUCUGCUGUGUCAUGCAAAAACAGCAUGACUCUUCCAGACCCAGACACUUUUACACUUGAUAACAACGGCUGGCGAGCAAGUAUCCGCGGCUACGGGGGCUGGAAGCCUAAAUGGAAGGAAGACUAUCAUGCGAAAAAACGUCCCCACCCCAGAGUUGUCAUGCAAAUCUGCAUGCGAGAAAAGUUUUUCAUGCUUAGCCCCAUGAGAAGCAAUUCCUAGUCGUGCUUUGGAAUUUGUGAUGCUAUAAUCAGCAUGAUGCGCUACAUCUGUGAUGCUUCUGAACUACCUAAACAGGACUCCACUACGAGGGCAGACUUGUCAUGCGAAACAGCCCAAGCUGGUUGAUUUGUCUAGCAGAUUUCCCAUCUUGACUCUGAUGUGGGGACGUUUUUACUUAGGAUAAAGACAAAGAUUUGUUCUACCAGCCGCAGUUGGGAAAGGUAUAGAUACCUUAGGGAGCUCCACCUGCUUGGGCCGUGAUUUGAUACGGCCGUGUUGAGUGCAAUGUGCGAUCGUCGUGUUCCAUGAUGACAGAUUCUCGGGUUUGCGGAUGUAUGUUGGUGCAUCUCGUGUUUUUUUCCGACCAGCAUCAGAGAUGCGAUUGAUGCUUCUUUCACAAAGACACCACUGUGCGUGGAGCCGAGAAUAAUAUUUACAUGCAAAGAUGACCACUAUGACAUUCUUCAGCUUUUUAGACCAUUGCAAUUUCAAAAUCGAAUAAAAGGUUUAUCCGCCCUACUACCCGGAAGUCACGCGAUAUUCCACCAUCCUGCAGCCAAACGAGACGCCGCGGGACCUGAACAUCAUCCAAGCGCCACCCAGUUCCAGGACAGAAAACGGAAGCUCGUCCUCUAGCAGGAAAUAAGUAACUUUUGGGUGGUUGCUGCUGGUCCUUCUGAAAAAUAUCAAUCAAUUUUCUUGUACCAGCUCCGUCGUGAUUGAUUUUUUCGCACUUCAGCAUGCAGUGCCACAACUGCAUCAUGAAUCACUGCAAAAUCUAUAAACCUCCAACAACUUCGAUUGCAAUUGCACCUAUCUAAGAUGACUUGUAGAAUUACAGUUUGUUUCAUUUUCGAUCACACCGCGACGAGAAUAGUCAGUCCAGGACAACAGCUCUCAAAUGUCAUCAAAUGUACCAAAUUUCAACAAACUUGUUUUGUGCUUCUUCUUUUGUUUUCAACUUGUAUUUAACUUUCCAACUUGUUCUGGAGGUGUCACGUCGUUUUCGUGCUUUUAAUCCGCACGGCACUAGAAGCCUAUCUUACGUGCUGGUGGUACCAUCAGCGCUGUAACGAGAAGGAUGAACAACGACAAAUGAAAAUCUUCAUACUCGAUACCAAAACUCGUUCGUCAGAGAAAAAUGUUAACACUUUUAUCCUUAUCGAACAAUCGUCGCGAUGAAAUAAAACCGAAUAAUUGCCAGGGACACUCUAUUUCGGACUGGCUGCGUUGGAAACCUGGCGGCACAGCUACCUCGGAAAGAAGAACUUCUCAAUUACGUGUACAAUUUGGCCAAGAUUACAUCACAAUCUAUUUCUAUCAUCAAAGAGCAUAACUGGAGUCUCUUUAUUUGCAGCGUGUACCCACAACACGCGUGCAUCUAUGCGUGAACGGCUCAGAGAGGGUCGUAAGAACGGUUUCAGUUCAGCGCGUUGUAGUUGAGGUGUUUGUUUAUAGCUUUUCAGAGUUUGGCCGCUUUUGAUAUCAACGACUGUAUGUUCGGUCGUGGUCGUCUAUGUCGCGUCCGAAAAAAUCGUUCUGUCGG